GGCUCGCCCCCGGCCUCCUGGCGGGGCCGGGGCCACUGAGGAGGAAGGGCCCGGCCGGCGGCCUGCGGGGCAGCGGGCGCCAGUGAAAUCCCAUUCUCUGGCUGGAAAUACAGAUGGCCUCAAAUGAGAGAGAUGCUAUAUCGUGGUACCAAAAGAAGAUUGGAGCAUAUGAUCAGCAGAUAUGGGAAAAGUCAAUCGAACAGACUCAGAUUAAGGGCUUCAAAAACAAACCAAAAAAGAUGGGUCACAUAAAACCAGACUUGAUUGACGUUGACUUAAUCAGAGGCUCAACAUUUGCCAAAGCCAAACCUGAAAUUCCAUGGACAUCUCUGACUCGGAAGGGGCUCGUUCGAGUUGUAUUUUUUCCAUUGUUCAGCAACUGGUGGAUUCAGGUUACCUCCUUAAGAAUCUUUGUUUGGCUGCUACUGCUUUACCUCAUGCAAGUUAUAGCACUCGUGUUAUAUAUUCUGAUGCCUAUUGUGAAUGUAAGUGAAGUCCUUGGACCCCUGUGCCUUAUGUUACUCAUGGGGACUGUCCACUGUCAAAUUGUGUCGACUCAGAUAACAAGACCAUCGGGAAACAAUGGAAAUCGGAGAAGAAGAAAAUUACGGAAAACUGUCAAUGGUGAUGGGAGCCGAGAAAAUGGAAAUACCUCCUCUGAUAAAGUCAGAGGAGUAGAAACUUUGGAAUCUAUUCCCUUUAUUGGUGGUUUUUGGGGUACUCUCUUUGGCAACAGGAUUAAAAAAGUAAAAUUAAUAUGUAACAAAGGGACUGAAACUGACAAUGACUCAAGUUGUCUGCAUCCUAUCAUUAAGAAGAGACAAUGUCAACCAGAGAUUAGAAUGUGGCAAACAAGAGAGAAAGCAAAAUUUUCAGAUGGAGAAAAGUGCCGUAGGGAGGCUUUUAGGCAUUUGGGUAACGGGGUUUCAGACGAACUGUCGAGUGAGGAGGAUGGGGAAGCCCGGACGCAGAUGAUGAUGCUGCGUAGGAGUGUGGAAGGAGCCUCAAGUGACAAUGGCUGUGAAGUUAAGAACAGAAAAUCCAUACUUACCAGGCACCUAAACACUCAGGUAAAGAAAACCACUACCAAGUGGUGUCACAUUACACGGGAUUCGGACAGUCUGGCCGAGUCAGAGUUUGAAUCAGCAGCCUUCAGUCAGGGCUCUAGGUCUGGCAUGAGUGGUGGUUCUCGAAGCCUCAACAUGUCAAGAAGAGACUCCGAAAGCACCCGCCAUGACUCGGAGACUGAGGAUAUGCUAUGGGACGACCUGCUGCAUGGCCCAGAGUGCCGGUCAUCUGUCACCAGUGACAGUGAGGGGGCCCAUGUGAAUACCCUUCACUCAGGGACCAAACGUGACCCCAAAGAAGAUGUUUUUCAGCAGAACCACUUAUUCUGGCUUCAGAACUCAAGUCCUGCCUCUGAUCGAGUUAGUGCAAUAAUCUGGGAAGGGAACGAGUGUAAAAAGAUGGAUAUGUCUGUGUUGGAAAUAAGUGGCAUCAUCAUGAGCAGGGUUAAUGCAUAUCAGCAAGGAGUAGGUUAUCAGAUGCUGGGAAAUGUCGUUACCAUUGGAUUAGCAUUCUUUCCUUUUCUACAUCGACUUUUCCGCGAGAAAAGCCUUGACCAGCUAAAGUCCAUCUCAGCUGAGGAGAUCAUGACUCUCUUUUGUGGGGCACCACCUGUUACACCUAUUGUUAUUUUGUCUAUGAUUAACUUUUUUGAACGAUUGUGUCUUACUUGGAUUUUUUUUUUCAUGAUGUGUGUGGCAGAGAGAACAUAUAAGCAGAGAUUUUUAUUUGCAAAACUCUUCAGCCAUAUUACCUCUGCUAGGAAAGCUAGGAAAUACGAAAUACCUCAUUUCAGACUUAAAAAAGUGGAGAACAUUAAGAUAUGGUUAUCACUGCGUUCCUUUCUAAAGAGACGGGGGCCACAGCGUUCAGUUGAUGUGGUUGUAUCUUCAGUCUUCUUACUGACACUUUCGAUUGCUUUCAUUUGUUGUGCCCAGGUUCUCCAAGGGCAUAAAACUUUCCUGAAUGAUGCUUAUAAUUGGGAAUUUUUGAUCUGGGAAACAGCUUUACUACUUUUCUUACUGCGUCUGGCCUCACUGGGUUCUGAAACCAAUAAGAAAUACAGCAAUGUUUCAAUAUUACUUACUGAACAGAUUAAUUUAUAUCUUAAGAUGGAGAAGAAGCCAAAUAAGAAAGAACAGCUUACUCUAGUAAAUAAUGUAUUAAAGCUGUCCACCAAGUUAUUGAAAGAGCUGGACACACCAUUUAGACUCUAUGGACUGACAAUGAAUCCCUUAAUCUAUAAUAUCACACGAGUCGUUAUCCUUUCUGCUGUCUCAGGUGUUAUAAGUGAUCUUCUAGGAUUUAAUAUAAGACUGUGGAAAAUUAAGUCCUAAGCUGAGCCAUGUGCCUGGAAUCUCCCCUUGCUGGCAUCAGGAUUUACCCAUUAAGGAAGGAGAUGACUGCAGAAACCAUGAGACACCUACCUGCUUGUUCACACAUAGAGGUGCUCUCCGCUCUGCCUAAUCUUAGGAGUGGUGUUUUCAGAGGAACAAAUCCUUUUCCAGCUGGGCAUGCAUGCCAAAAACUGUAUUUUCAUGGUUUUCAAACAAUAUGAAUAGUCAGAAAACUAAAGAUCAUGUAUUAUGGUAACAUAAGGACAACUUUCUCAGUUAGGAAAUUGAUUUGGGGCAUUUCAGCGCUGUUACGGUUUUAUUUACUGCAAGUAGUUUUUUUGGGGUUACUAUGGUAGAUCCCCAACGCAUGAAGAAAAUACCUUCUUUUGGAAAUGGCAAAUUCAGUACUUUUCUAUUAAGUCUAUACAAUUGGAGAUUUCUUUCCUCUAGCAAAGAGAGAUCAAAUUUAAACUAUUUUAGGUUGAACCCAAAUAAAAUAACUUUAUUGGAGAA